CGGUCCGACGCGGACUACGUAAUCCAGUAGGGAACGCUUGUAACCAUCUCCUGAUACGUACCUAGAUGCAAACGUGCGGGACUGCAGGGUCUAGUCUACACGUAAAACCCUAAACCAAUAUUAGACUUUUAGCCUUUAGACUCGUCAGUCAACUGAAGAUAUGGCGUUCAAUUUCUUUUUAUCGUUAACUUUAGUCAUAAGUCUUAGUACCGAAGUUUUACCUGAAGUUUUGGAGAGCCACGAGUAUCUAAAGCGAGAACAUUCUCUAAUACGUCCAUAUCUAGGUACCGGUACAUCUGUUCCUUACUGGGACUUCCUUGGCAACACCAUGGUGACGUCAAACUUCGUACGUCUGACAGCCGACGUGCAGUCUCAGAAGGGCGCAGUGUGGAACAAAGUGCCCUGCAAUGUGCGCUACUGGGAGGUCCAGUUGCAGUUCAAAGUUCAUGGGUCUGGCAAAGAUCUGUUUGGCGAUGGCUUUGCUUUCUGGUACGUCAAGGAUCCCAUGAGACUAGGGGACGUGUUCGGUAGCAUGGAUUAUUUCAAUGGCUUGGUCGUCAUUGCUGACACGUACAGCAACCACAACGCGGCUCAUAAGCACGGCCACCCAUACGUCUCUGCCAUGGUGAACAAUGGCACACUGCACUACGAUCACGACAGAGAUGGAACUCACACACAGCUUGGUGGCUGCGUCAGUAAAUUCAGAAAUAUAAACUUCGACACCUACUUGUCUAUCAGAUACAUCAGGGACACGCUUGAAGUUCGUACAAGCAUAGACGGCGGGCAGACGUACACGGGUUGUUUCACUGUUGUUGGCGUGGCGCUGCCUACGGGUUACUACUUCGGCGUGUCUGCCGUCACAGGCGACCUGUCGGACAACCAUGACGUCAUAGCCAUCAAAACCUACGAUUUGGUGCCACUCGAAGGAGCCGAGGUCUUGGAAGACAGAAGUCACUUGGUGCCCUCUGCGUUAAACUUCGAAGCGCCAAGAGAUCACGUCGACGACCCUAAGCCUUCCAUGUUGACGGGAUGGAAGAAAAUAGCUUUGCUGGUGAUCGGCAUCGCCGGUAUCUCUGGAGCGGUCAUAAUCGGAGGACUAAUGUACGCUAAGCAAAAGGAAAAUCAGCGUAAGAGAUUUUAUUAACAUGCCCUGCGUGUUCCCGGCACCUAGACGUUUUACCGACGUCUCAGGAGUUCGAUGUUGUGCCUGUCUUGUUCAAAGUGAUUUUUUACGGUACUUUCUCGUGGAUUCACCCCCUCUGUAAAGAAGGCGGCUCUAGUGUUGUCGUGUUAGCUUUAUUAGUGGGUUUUCAACAGUGUGCUUAGAAUUGGACUUGAUACUAAAUUGAUUAAGCUUCCUUUCGAUUGCGCUCAGUCGGGCGCAAGAUGCUUGAAUCGCACUAAUUCCAGGUUAUACAGUGGUACAUUAUGGCAAUUUUAAUACUAAAGACGUUAAAAUUUUUAAUUCUAAAUUUUUAAGACGUCUAAUGAGUUGAAUGGCCGUAGCUGACGUAUCUAAUCGUGACAGGUGAUUAUUGUGUGAUGGUCAAUUAGCGGGCAUUCUUAAACAAUUAAGCUAUUUACUAAUGUCGGGAGUUCCUUCCUCGUAUCUUCUAAACAGAUAUCAUGUUUUUGAAUUUUUUUGAGGCAUUUUGACUUUAAAGUCCUCGAUCUUGAUACCAUAUAGCAUCUUCCUUAGAGUACUUGUUGAAUUAGGAAGUUGAGGUCACGAUCAGUCAUCCCUCCAGUUGAAGCCGUUUUCAGAUUUUGCUUUGAUUCAAUUCGGCUGCUCAUUUUAUGUGACGCGGUUAGAUAUUUCACCCGCGAUUUUCUAAAAUUUGUCUUCAGUCGUUCAGUCAUCUUUAUCUUUUAUUAAAGUCUAAGGAUGCUUUUUUCUUGAUCAGAAGUUUUAGUUUAACUGGGAAUUGUUUGAGAUGUACAUGAAUAUCUUGAAGACUUUUCCUACUAGUCCCAUUUAAGAUGCUCUGAGCCAGAUUGCUUCCCAUUUUGUGAAUGGUUAGAUAUAUAUCGUGUACCGCGAAUAGUAUUUAAAUAAUUUGCUAUCGGUCACUGCAAAUGCACCCGAGAUCACAGCUCGCGUGUCUGCAUUAAGAUAAACAUGAAGGGAUGCAUCUACGGUAGUUAACAAACUUUGUUCUGUUCCCUAAUCAGAUUUUCCUUGAAGUCAAUCUUAUACCUGGACAGCUUUUCUAAAAGCUUCUCCCGUCUUUGAAAUGUUAUUGUACUCUGAUGACUGCACUUGUGCUUAUAACUUUUAAUAGAUUUUAAACUAUCUAAUUACGAGUGUCUGAUGUGCUGUGCUCAAAUAAGUACCGGUAAGAUGCAACAAAUUUAAUAAAUUGUUCUACUGGAA